AACUUUUUCACUUGCCAUUCAUUCCCUAUUCCCUGCUGAAUCCCGUUUCCAACAGACCCUGAGCCCCAGAGCCCCAGAGCCCCGAGCCCCCGAGCGAGCCCAGAGCCUCCGGGUAGCGCCAAGGAUUGUCCCAAUUGGGUGCUCGUGGCGGUCUCCUCGUCGCUCGUCGUCGGUUUCAUCGGGCUGCUGGUGACAUUUGCUGCCACCAAACCCUUGGUUUCUUCUCCGCCUGUCGCUUCCCGGCCAUCCGAGGCCCUGCUCAUGACCAGGUUACAAGGUUGUCCGGCUUGCAUUCGAACGCUUCGCUGACAAGGGACCUGGAUCCUGGGACCUUGGACCUGGGAUGAUCCGGCACCGACCUCAGCCUUUUUUUCUUCUCUCCUGGCGACGAUUGUACCGUCAAAGUACUCCGUACACACACAUACACACACCGUCGCACAGCCAGCCAGCCUGACAAAACAGGCCAGUGUUGGUGAUUCUUGCCCGCCAGCCAACUGCACUCGCGUACAACGUCACUAGAUCCUUCUCUCGGACUUGGGUGCGAUCGAGACGGCAGUGCCACCCCACCCUAGCCUGGCAGAGGCCUGCCGGGGUACCGCGUCGAGCACACGCUCCUGACGCUGCUCCAACGCUGCUCCAUACCUACCUAGGUACCCAGGUAGGCACAUAGGUUCAUUUUUAGUGCAGCCUAGCCCACUGCCGCCCUUGUGGUUGCUGGCCAACGCCGACAAGAGCGAAGCGCAUUUCGCGACCUAUUCCAUUUGGGCUUGGCUCACGCUGGGAGGGAUUGUCCUCGUUCCGCGCCCCGGUGCAUCCGACACCUGCAGCUAGCAGGCCCAACUCCACGGCCUUUGCGGUACGCCCUGAGUACCGAGACUGUCUGCCUGCCCCAUCCAUCCAUCCAUCCAUCCAACCAUCCAUCCAAUUCACCCAUUCGCUACCCCUGGACUGGUCUGGCCUGCCUUUAUCCUGCCUGCAUUUGGCUUUGCAUACCAGCCCGCUCCAUCUCACCUAAGCUGCACUGGCGCUGCGCUGUGCUGCGCUGCGCUCCCAUUCCCAAUCCCAAUCCCACUCCCAUUCACUCCCUCCCUCGUUAUUCCCGCGUCCCUUUUUUCGAACCCUGCCUUGCCGAACUAGGAGACUGCGCCCAGAAAGAAGCUUCCCAGCCCGUCCGUCGACGGCUGCCCCCCCCCCCAAAUCCUACUUCUACCUACCCAGGCAGGUACUCCACAGGUCGCUCGGGCUCCAAAACUUCCCGGCCGUGCUCAUUUUCCCAACUCCCAACUCCCACCCACCUCCCCGACUCGGCUUUAACUCGAGUGGACUGCACCCACGAGCAGCGCCACCGCCCACCCACGCUCUUUCCGCCCACCCCGAUCGUUCCUCAACCUGUGCACCCGCCUUCCGACCCGUCUGCCAUUCCCCUCUUGAUCAUCAAGCUGGAAUCCGUUAGGUGACCAGAAACAUCGGCCAGGCGGACGAACAUCGGCGCCAACCCGGCCCAGCCUGGCGAGCGUUCAGGCGUGAUCGGGCCUGGCCCGCGACAGCCACACAAUGGCCCCAGACUCGCCAACAGAAGCUGGCGACGGCACAACAAGCAGUGGGAGCAAUAGCCCUGACAAGAGGAAAAUCGACAAGACCAAGAGGUCAAGAUGGGCGACGCGAAAGAUGACUGUCAAGAGCAGCAGCCUGAAGCGACUUUCCUUGAUUGGUCGACAAACGCUGAAAGCCUCGCACAACGAGAAGAAGAGGCAAUCUGGCGGCUCAGACGCCCUGCAGUCACAACAACCGGGCGGACAAAACGCAGACGACGGCGAGGAGGAGGAGGAGUCGCACGGCCCUGGGCCACGGCAGCUGUACUUCAACCAGCCCCUGCCGUCAAAUAUGGUGGAUGAGGAUGGCAGUCCUAUACAGCAGUUCACGCGAAACAAGAUCCGGACCGCAAAGUACACGCCGCUUUCGUUCUUACCAAAAAACCUGUGGUUCCAAUUCCAAAACAUUGCCAACAUCUUCUUUCUUUUCCUAGUAAUUCUCGUUAUCUUUCCUAUAUUCGGAGGCACUAAUCCUGGACUGAAUGCCGUACCACUAAUAUGCAUCGUUGCUAUCACCGCAAUAAAGGACGCCGUGGAAGACUACCGCCGGACCAUUCUCGACAAUGAUCUCAACAAUGCUCCCGUCCACCGCCUCUGCGGCUGGAAUAACCCCAAUGUGCUGGAAGACAACGUCUCAACGUGGAGGAGAAUCAAAAAGGCGAGCUCCAAGUUUUUCGGCAUGAUCUGGCAUACCAUUGAGCGACUGUGGAAGAAGGAGGACGAAGCGGCAAGGCAAAGGAGGGCCGGCAUCUACGAUAACAGCGACCCCCGCGCAUCAGUUGACACGAGGGUAACCCAUGGCGCUUCGACCGCGCGGCAAUCCUUUGUCUCCGCCACCGAAGAGAUCCAAAUGACACCUGUGGCCUCCCCAUUGCCCAUCCCCGAAAACAAUGGGCACUUGGACGUUCAGCGACCCGGAACCAGUUAUUCCUACGAAGGAGGCGCGGAGGCUAAGUUCGACGCCAUCAAGGGAGAUGUCAUUAAUCAUGAUCUCGCGGCAUCAGGGAAUGCUCGGUUCAAGAAGGACGCGUGGAAAAAUCUCGCAGUCGGCGACUUCGUGCGCUUGUACGGCGAUGACGAGCUCCCGGCGGAUAUUGUCAUUUUGUCAACCUCGGAUCCUGACGGCGCAUGCUACGUCGAGACGAAGAAUCUGGACGGCGAGACGAAUCUGAAGGUGCGCCAAGCUCUUCGCUGCGGUCGAUCCAUGAAGCACGCCAGGGAUUGUGAGAGAGCACAAUUCAUUAUCGACAGCGAGGCCCCGCAGGCCAACCUUUACAAGUACAACGGAGCAAUCAAAUGGCAACAAAAAGUGUCAGAUACCACUACCCAUGAUAUGUCGGAGCCGAUCACCAUCGACAACGUCUUGCUCCGUGGUUGCAAUUUGCGAAACACGGAGUGGGUACUCGGAGUGGUCCUCUUCACCGGCCACGACACCAAGAUCAUGAUGAACGCUGGCAUCACCCCCAGUAAGAGGGCAAGGAUUGCCCGAGAGCUCAACUUUAAUGUCGUUUGCAACUUUGUGAUCCUCUUCGUCAUGUGUCUCAUCGCGGCCCUCGUCAACGGCGCUGCUUGGGCUACAACGGACUCGUCACUGUACUACUUCGAUUUUGGUUCAAUCGGCUCAACGCCCUCCAUGACCGGGUUUAUCACCUUCUGGGCGGCUCUCAUCGUGUUCCAGAACUUGGUGCCGAUCUCGUUGUACAUUUCACUGGAAAUCGUGCGCACGCUCCAGGCCAUCUUCAUUUACUCGGAUGUGGAGAUGUACUACGAGAAGAUCGACGCACCUUGCGUCCCCAAGUCUUGGAACAUUUCGGAUGACGUGGGCCAGGUAGAAUACAUCUUUUCCGACAAGACGGGAACACUGACCCAAAACGUCAUGGAGUUCAAAAAGGCAACCAUCAACGGUCAACCAUAUGGCGAGGCCUACACCGAAGCGCAAGCUGGCAUGCAGAAGCGUCUCGGUGUUGACGUGGAAAAGGAAGGCACAAAAAUCCGAGAGGAGAUUGCCGCAGCCAAGGUGCAAGCACUCGACGGGCUUCGUCAGCUGCACCCAAACCCAUAUCUGCACGACGAUGAUCUCACCUUCAUCGCCCCUGAUUUCGUCGAAGACUUGUCCGGAAAGCAUGGUCCGGAGCAGAAGGAAGCAAACGAGGAGUUCAUGUUGGCACUCGCGCUGUGCCACACGGUGAUUGCAGAGAAGCAACCUGGUGACCCGCCCAAGAUGGAGUUCAAGGCUCAGUCGCCCGAUGAGGCUGCUCUGGUGGCCACCGCCCGAGAUAUGGGCUUCACUGUUCUUGGACAUACUGGAGACGGAAUCAACGUCAACGUCAUGGGCGAAGACCGACACUACCCCAUUCUUAACACCAUCGAAUUCAAUUCGAGCAGGAAACGGAUGAGCGCCAUUGUACGAUUACCGGAUGGCAGGAUCGUGCUAUAUUGCAAAGGCGCUGACAGCGUUAUCUAUUCUCGCCUCAAGCGAGGAGAGCAGCAAGAGUUGCGCAAAGAAACGGCAGACCACCUCGAGAUGUUUGCACGGGAAGGUCUUCGUACUCUGUGCAUCGCCAAACGUUACUUGACGGAGCAACAGUAUCAGACUUGGCUGAAGGAGCACCAGGUUGCCGCAGCCGCGCUUGAGGAUCGCGAAGAGAAACUCGAAGUCGUGGCGGAUCAGAUUGAGCAGGAGCUCACCCUUCUUGGAGGCACAGCUAUCGAAGAUCGACUACAAGACGGUGUGCCCGACACAAUCGCUCUGCUUGGUGACGCUGGUAUCAAGCUCUGGGUCUUGACGGGCGACAAGGUUGAGACUGCAAUCAACAUCGGAUUCUCUUGCAACCUCCUCAACAACGACAUGGAGUUGAUUCGGCUGCAAACCAUCGAGGACGAGUCGGGCCAAACCCCACCGGAGGAAUAUCUGCGCCAGGUCGAGACUGCACUUGACCAACACCUGAGCACUUUCGGAAUUACUGGUAGCGAUGAGGACCUCAAGGUGGCCCGACAAGAGCAUAAAGCACCACCUGGCACGCACGCGCUAGUAAUCGAUGGAUUCACCCUCAGAUGGGUGUUGGACAAGGAACUGAAACAAAAGUUCCUGUUGCUCUGCAAGAACUGCAAGUCGGUGCUGUGCUGUCGUGUCAGCCCUGCUCAGAAGGCUGCCGUAGUGUCCAUGGUCAAGACUGGACUGGAUGUCAUGACCCUGUCAAUUGGCGACGGUGCGAAUGAUGUUGCCAUGAUCCAAGAAGCCGACGUUGGUGUCGGCAUCGCCGGAGAAGAAGGCCGCCAGGCCGUGAUGUCUUCUGACUACGCCAUUGGCCAAUUUCGUUUCUUGUGCAGGCUUGUCCUGGUCCACGGUCGAUGGUCGUACAGACGUCUCGCCGAGACGAUCAGCAAUUUCUUCUACAAGAACAUGAUCUGGACGUUCAGUAUCUUCUGGUUUCAGGUGUUCUGCAACUUCGACAUCACCUACAUUUUUGACUACUCCUACAUCAUCUUGUUCAACCUCUUCUUCACCUCGGUGCCAGUCAUUCUCAUGGGAGUCCUGGACCAAGACGUGUCCGACACAGUCUCGCUCGCUGUUCCACAACUUUACCGCCGAGGUAUCGAGCGGCUGGAAUGGACUCAGCGAAAGUUCUGGCUCUACAUGUUGGAUGGUGUCUACCAGUCUGUCAUGGUCUUCUUCAUCCCGUACCUCACAGUGAUCAAUAGCAACUUUGUCACUCUCAACGGCCUCGAUGUCUCUGACAGACUUCGCCUCGGGUGCUACAUUGCCCACCCAGCUGUGCUCACAAUCAACCUGUACAUCCUCAUCAACACAUAUCGAUGGGACUGGAUCAUGCUCCUAGUGGUUACGAUCAGCGAUCUCUUCAUUUUCUUCUGGACUGGUGUAUUCACUUCGACGACGUACUCAGGGUCGUUCUAUAAUGCCGCCCCCCAAGUCUAUGCCGAAGUCACCUUCUGGGCAUGCUUUUUUAUCACUCCGGUCAUCUGUAUCGGCCCACGGUUCGCAAUAAAAGCCCUGCAAAAGGUCUAUUAUCCUUAUGAUGUGGAUAUUGUGCGCGAACAGGUCAAUCAGGGCAAAUUCGACCGUCUCAUCAAGCCCGAGACCGCAGACGAGGCUCAGGAUGGCUCUUCCUCUGGAUCAAGUCAGUCCUCAAAGAGGUCUUCGAAGAAAUCUAAACACAUGCAGUAUGGGAGCGUGGACGAGGACAAGCGGCCGAUCUAUCCACCUUCUGUGGCAACACACACGACACACAACACCCGUGCACAAAACGGCAGCGAUGGAACGAACUACACCGGACAUGAGAACUCUAUGGAUGUCCCGCCAACGUCAACUUCGGUCGAUGACCUGCCUGAUCCGACGCCCGUGAGGCCAUCCAUCGACCGAGCCAGGCCAUCCUAUGACAGGAUACGAGCAUCAAUGGACCGUGUAAGGCCGAGCUACACGCAAAGCAGCGACUUCACCUCCGCAGCCAGACUCAGUCGUGUUGAGUCAUCCCAGUCGGGUCACCACCAACUGAGCAACAGCCUGCUCAAUAGGACAAGACUGAGAGGAAUGUCCAUCAUCUCGAACAAAAGCAAACCAUAAUACCCAUCUAAUCACACUCCCUCACCACCCGUCACUGCGACCGUUGUAUUAUACAAGACGGCGAUUCCCACUCCCUUGCCACCUUGUUGAUAUCCCUACGAUGUUUCAAAUCAAUGCAUUUACGAUCUUCGCAUGAUCAGCGAUCUACGUGUUCUUUGCUUCGGCAGUCUGUUGAGAAUGCAAUGAACGGAACACCAAGUCCGUCCUCGGACAAUGCUUCCUCACAAGGCUUUGCUUCUCUUCAUUUCUGCCUCGUUGUCUAUUGCUGUUCCUUUCUUUUUUGUGGGGGGGUUGAUAAUUACGCGAUAGGCUGGUUUCUGGUCUGGCGUUUGGGAGCAUAUGCGGCCUGGGAUUCGUUUCCUGGAAGUUUCAAUGAGGAGGGGAGACAGUCGAGAAGGGGGAACCAAAUCAGGUGGGCAUGAGCCGUGCUACGAGGUCAACGCAACGAGCGAGAGGGGUUCGGAGACGCAAAGAGGAGAACUACGAAACAAACCCUGCAUCUAUAUACUUACUGAAAACUUCCUACCUAGUACUGGAGACCAAAGAACGGAGCCCUUGGUGAGGCCAGUGGUCGAGGGUGGGGGGGUG